UUGAUGUUUUGUUGGAUCAACAGAGUUCUUGUCAAAUCUCUCUCUCGUUCCCUGAGGCCACGCUUCUUGUCCCGCACUCCCCGCACACUGGUUCCCAGCAUGUCCUUCCAGUACCCGCAGGCGUACCGCGACCAGGCAGUGGUGGAUGACUACCAUGGCAGCAAGAUGCCAGAUCCAUACAGCUGGCUGGAGGACCCGGACAGCGAGAAGACGCAGGCCUUUGUCGGUUCUCAGAACCAGUUGACGUUGCCGUUCCUGGAGCAGAGCGAGGUCCGGGACCUGUUCAAGGAGCGCAUGACGGAGCUGUACGACUACCCAAAGUACAGCUGUCCCUUCAAGAGGGGGAGCAGGUACUUUCACUUCUACAACACCGGCCUCCAGAACCAGAGUGUGAUGUACUUGCAGGAGAGUCUGGAAGCCGAGCCCACAGUCUUCCUGGAUCCAAACACUUUUUCUGAUGAUGGGACAGUUGCCCUGCGAGGCUAUGCAUUCUCCGAGGAUGGGGAGUACUUGGCGUACGGCACCAGUGCCAGCGGGUCCGACUGGGUGGAGAUCCAGUUCCUAGGGGUUGAAGGUGCCAAGCCUCUGGAGGACCGCCUGGAGCGAGUCAAGUUCAGCUGCAUGUCCUGGACCCAUGAUGGGAAGGGUCUUUUCUACAACUCCUACCCCGAACAAAAGGGCAAGAGUGAUGGCACUGAAACCUCCACCAACCUGCACCAGAAGCUGUACUUCCACGUGCUGGGGACCCCGCAGUCCGAGGACGUGCUGUGUGCAGAGUUCCCCGACAACCCCAAGUGGAUGAGUGGAGCUGAGGUAUCAGAUGACGGGCGAUAUUUGCUGCUGUCCAUCAGGGAAGGUUGUGAUCCAGUCAACAGACUGUGGUACUGUGAUCUGAAGACCACUCCUCAGGGUAUUACAGGACUUUUGCCGUGGGUGAAGCUGAUCGACAACUUUGACGCCGAGUACGAGUAUGUGACCAACGAGGGCACGCUGUUCACAUUCAAGACGAACCUGGAAGCUCCACGCUAUCGCCUCAUCAACAUCGACUUUGCCUUGCCUGCCCAGAGCAGCUGGAAGGAGCUCAUCCCUCAGCACGACAAGGACGUUAUCGUGUUCGCCACCUGCACGUACUCGAGCUUCCUGUUUGUGUGUUUCCUCCACGACGUGAAGAACGUGUUGAAAAUGUACCAGCUGAGCUCGGGGGAGGAGCUUAGGACCUUCCCCCUGGACGUGGGCUCUGUGGUGGGCUUCACCGGACGGAAGAGAGACUCUGAGAUCUUCUACUACUUCACGUCCUUCCUCUCUCCAGCCAUCAUUUACCACUGCGACCUGACCCAGGAGCCGCUGCAGCCCCACGUCUUCAGAGAGGUCACCGUCAAAGGCUUCAACACCUCCGACUACCAGACCACCCAGAUCUUCUAUCCCUCCAAGGACGGCACUCAAAUCCCCAUGUUCAUCGUGCACAAGAAGGGCAUCAAGCUGGACGGCUCCCAUCCAGGCUUCCUGUACGGCUACGGGGGAUUCAACAUCUCCAUCACACCGAGCUUCAGCGUCUCCCGCCUCAUCUUCGUCAGACAUCUUGGGGGAGUCCUCGCCGUCGCCAACAUCAGAGGAGGAGGAGAGUACGGGGAGACCUGGCACAAAGCUGGCAUGCUGGCCAACAAGCAGAACUGCUUCACAGAUUUCCAGUGUGCAGCGGAGUAUCUCGUGAAGGAGGGAUACACCUCCUCGUCCAAACUCACUAUAAACGGAGGCUCCAAUGGAGGUCUGCUCGUUGCCGCCUGCGUGAACCAGCGGCCGGAGCUGUUCGGCUGCGCCGUGGCUCAGGUCGGCGUCAUGGACAUGCUGAAGUUCCACAAGUUCACCAUCGGUCACGCCUGGACCACAGACUUCGGCUGCUCAGAAGACAAAAAGCAGUUUGAUUGCCUCAUGAAAUACUCCCCGCUCCAUAACAUCCGCAUCCCAGAAGGCAACGGGGUCCAGUACCCAGCAGUGCUCCUGCUCACCGGUGACCACGACGACCGCGUGGUGCCCCUCCACUCUCUGAAAUACAUCGCCACCCUGCAGCACAUCGUCGGCCGCAGCUCCAAGCAGACGAACCCCCUGUUCAUCCUCGUGGACACAAAGUCGGGCCACGGCGCCGGCAAACCCACCAGCAAGGUCAUCCAGGAGGUGGCGGACACCUACGCCUUCAUCGCUCGCUGUCUCAAGAUCUCCUGGGUCAAAUAACGAGUUCUUUGGUACUCAAAAUCAUCUUUUGGAAUACUGUUCACAUUCUUUACAACUUUACAGCAGCACUUGCUUAUGUUUACCCAGCCAUCACUAUUCACCAUAUCUGUAGUCCGGGCCAUGAGUGUAGUCCUUUUUAAACCAAGCGUCUACAUUGUCAGUGUUUAAACGGAGGCUCACCUUCACAGUUACAGCAAUCAGCCAAUCAGCCGUUACAGUCCUGAGGUUUAAGUGGCAAAAGUUUAUUUGACUUUGAUCGUUUCCGCUCCAACAUUAUGCGUAUUAUUUAUUUUUGGAAAGGAUGGGGGAUGUGAGAAAAUGAGAAAACUGCCGUAGCUGACAGUAUUUGUGUGUGUGUGUGUGU